CUGUGUUGCUCCCUUUGAGCCCAGUUAACCGUCGCUCUCUUCCACUUUUGGCCUUCAAAUGGCGAAAGAGCCUCCCUAGAUUGAUUGGAAAGUGGUGCUCCCCGGGAUGGGCGACGCACCGCCGCCGGAGGUCGAGGUGAUCGCGGUAGCGCCUGGCCUGGGGGAGGCGGCGCAGGCCCAGGCCUCGGAGCUCGCUCAGAUCUCCGAUCAUGAGUUGCAGGGGAAGAUCCAGCGGGUGCUGAAUCUUCUCUCGUCGGAUAUCGCGAGCCGGUUGGCCGACAUGGGCGCCAAGUUGCGGGCCAGCCUCUGCCAGAUGCAGACAGAACUUGAUCGGAGGAAGCUUGUGUAUGUCCCCAAGGAUGCUGGAGAAUGCAAUAGCAUCACUCAGUCAAAAAACACAGAACCACAAGGUAUGGUUGAAAAUUACAAUGCAAAUUAUACAACAAAAAAAUCUCCUUCACAUGCAUUUUCUUCCCAGUUGAUGGAGAAGUUAGAAGGCCAGGCAGAUGCUGGAUGCAAUGAGGACUCGAAAGAUAUCAGUCAAGACAAGGAAGAAGUUUCUGGAAAAGAUAAAUUAAAAAAGCCUGUGAGAGGACAUCAAAUUGUAAUUUCUUCACAGCCAACUAGGUUUUCUUCCAGGAAAACUCCUUUCAGAUGUGUUAGCAGCUUUUUUAAGAAAGACCAAGAGAGGUCCUCAAAUGGUGAUUGUAAGGAUUUUGAAUCUUUUGGUCCUUCUCCUAAUGAAGGGAAAACCAACUCUGCUGGCAAAAGGAGGAGAGCUUCUGACUUGGAGGGCAGGAAUUCAGUAGCCUUGAAGUUUAAGAAGGUUCGUGAAGUUGUUCUAGUGGAUGAAGAAGAAUUCCAUUCUAGACAGUCAACAGGAGUUGCCUCUGACAAAUGGAAGGAGAUGAUGGUUUAUUAUCCUUCAAGAGAUGACCCUGAAUCUGUUGAGCUCUCUUAUGAGGACAUAAAAUGUCUAGAUCCUGAAUCAUACUUGUCAUCUCCCAUAAUAAAUUUUUACAUUCAGUACCUGCGAAGGCUUCUCUCUCCAGUUGAGAGACCAAAAGGGGAUUAUCAUUUUUUCAACACCUACUUCUACAACAAACUUGAAGAUGCUGUUUCAUACAGGGCUGACAAGGCAUGUUUUGAGAAAUUGAGGAGAUGGUGGAAAGGUGUAAACAUAUUUCAAAAAUCUUAUAUAUUCAUACCCGUCCAUGGAGAUAUGCAUUGGAGCUUGGUGAUUAUUUGUAUACCUGCAAAAGAAGAUGAAUGUGGUCCAAUUGUACUUCACUUGGACUCAUUGGGAAUUCAUGAUAGUUCUUCAAUAUUUGAUGUCAUCGAAAGAUUUUUGAAAGUGGAGUGGAAUUACAUAAAUCAAAUUUCUCCUCGUCCAGACCUUCCUAUUUCAGAAAGGAUAUGGAGACAUCUUUCACGUAGAAUUGAAAAGAAAAAGAUUAAGGUACCUCAACAGAAGAAUGAGUAUGACUGUGGCCUUUUCGUGCUGUACUUCAUGGAGAGGUUUAUCGAAGAGGCACCUGAAAGGCUUAGAAAGAAAGAUCUAGCUAUGUUUGAUAGAAAGUGGUUCAGACCUGAAGAUGCGUCUGGCCUGAGGAAGCGGAUACGAGAUCUUCUCCUUGAAGUAUUUCGCAGUGGUAAGAUCGAGGAUGAACAAACAGAAUCAACAUCCUCUUCUAGCUUCUCCGAAGAUGAUUGACAGCAAUGUUUUGAACCUUGCAACCUGUUUGGACACCUGAAGUGAACCUGAGAACUCCAUGAGUUAGAAACAGCAAAGUAGAGGAGGCAUAUGAAGUGAAGAGGGGAAAAAAGAUGUCAUGCCGUCACCAAUUCAUGUUUUCGGGAAUACCUAAAAAGCCAUUACUUGGUAAAUUUUUGGUUGUGCAUUAAAUAUUAGCACUCUCAGUUCAUCUGCCGAUCCCCACCACAGUAAAACUGUUCAGCAGCAAGCAGGAAAGCAUGCCUUGGAAGAACAGUGGGCCAUGUUACUUGUUUAGCUCCUCCCAAGAGAAAUAUGUCAUUUACAUACAGUUUAGCUAAUUUGUCCACGGAGAGAAGAAAUAUUGCGGCUAACAAAAGUGACUUGAAGCUUGCUAGAACAUGCAUAGGAAGAAAACAAAUUAUGUGAAUAUUUUACUGUAAAUUCAGAAGAUAUUUUUAUAUCUGCAUGAAAACAUGCUUGGACAGAGGUGAGAUGUAUUGAAGCAGGUUGGAUUUCAUGUAGGGUAAACUGCCUUAUAUCUCCAUGGAAAUGUGCUUUGACAGAGGUGAGAUGGAUUUCAUGUAGGGUAACUGCCUUACUUGAUCUUUAUUUCCUUCUUUAUGUAAGAUGGUCUAAAGUUUUAAUUGCGUUCUACGGUUUGUUUUAA